GCUCGGCUCGGCUCGGUUCGGUUCGUUGUUGGCAGGGUGAUGCCAGCCUGAUCCAGAGCCAUGUCCAGGUACCUGAAGCACUUCACGGUGGUGGGCGAUGACCCCGUGCAAUGGAACAACGACUAUCGGAAAUGGGAGGAGGAGGACGAGGCUGGGGAGAAGCAGCCAGAUGGAGAGAUCAAGCUGGAGCCCCCCAGGAGACACAUCUCCUUCCAGUACAUGAUGAAAAAGCUCUUCAGCUCUCACAGGUUUCAGAUCGGGGUUGUCUGCUUGGUGAUCGUGGAUGCCUUGUUGGUUCUUGGGGAAUUGCUUAUGGAUUUGAAAAUCAUCAUUCCGGACAAAUAUAAUAUUACCCCAAAGGUUUUCCACUAUCUCUCCCUGUCCAUUUUAACCAUCUUCCUGGUUGAGGUGGGGUUUAAAGUCUUUGUCUACCGCCGGGAGUUCUUCCAGCACAAGUUCGAGGUGCUGGACGGGAUCGUUGUCGUCGUGUCCUUCAUCCUCGACAUCGUCCUCAUCUUCCGGGAGCACGAGUUUGAGGCCGUGGGGCUCCUGAUCCUCCUGCGCCUCUGGAGGGUGGCCCGGAUCAUCAACGGAAUCAUUUUAUCGGUGAAGACCCGCUCGGAGCAACAAGUGUCCAAGUUAAAGCAAGCAAACCUGAAACUUGCCACAAGGGUGGAACAACUGGAACACAGCUGUUUGGAGAAGGAGCAAGAAAUCGAGAGGCUGAAUAACAUACUGAAACAGCAUGGACUCCUCAUCCAGCAAAAAUAAGAGGCCAGUUUUCCAAGGUGGGAAUUCUGCUUGGAGAUUGAAGUGUUGGAAUCUUCCAGCUUGACCUGAAAGGUUUCUCUGUCUCUUUGCUUCCUCUUGUAUUGUUUUCUAUGAACAAUUUUCUAUUUGACCUCACUUUGAUCAGAUCUUAGGGUGGCAGAAAUAGUUCUACUGGAAAAUUAAUCACACCCAGUCCCUGUAAACAGUAUUUUUUUCCUUUCUUGUACAGUUGUACAGUCAAAACUGCAAAAUAAUUUAAUAAAGACAUAUCUUAACAAGCUAUUCAUCCAGAAAAUUACCAUUCUUUGUUUGCAACAGACUUGCAGUAUAAAUGAUAAGAACCCAGGCUGAAAAGGUAAGUUCUUCUCCACCAGCUGCCUGUUCAUCAUCAAUACAUCUCUUUGCCAGCCA